AUGGGAUCCUCUAUUGGAUCUGCUGGUGGUGCAACUGGGGCAACUCUGGGACGUCCUUGUCCCCUACCUCGAACCGGUGCCCUCCCCCAGCCUCUACCUCGGCCUCCCGCAACAAGGGGAGCAGCUCCUUUCGGGUCCGGAACAUCUUCCUCGCGCAUUCUCACCGUCUUACCUGAUAACACCAUGGAUCUUGGUUUGGCUGCCCAACUCUUGAAAACUUGUUCCAAAAGUACCGCAAUGACGUUUUUGGAUCAGAAUAUAUCUUUCAUGGUUGACUACCAGUUCUUUAGACAGAUCAUGUUACAAAAAGGCAUUCUGAAGAUAGAUCAGGAGCUUACCUUGGAUAAGUCUAGUACUCCAAUUGUCUCAGGUUUUGCUACCAACGAGAAUGCCUUCAGACAGAGUUUUGCAAAUGCAAUGAUAAAAAUGGCAAGUGUUGAUAUUGUUGUCGGAAGUGCUAGAGAAUUUAGGAAAUAUUGUGGAUCCUUAAUCCAGCAAAUCGGAAGGGUCGCAAGGUUCUUUAGGAAGCACAGGUUAUGA